AUGAAGAAACGAAGACCUUCUGUGUGGAGUCACCUUCGAAUCCCAAAAUAUGUCUCUAGACCUCGAAGCUUCGCGUCGGCCUUAAUAAGGAGCAAAAGUCUCCACGAUCCGAAAAGGAAGCGAUUAUUGCGAGACAAUGCGAGCUUGCAGACAAGAAGAAGCGAUUACCUCUACAAUUAUGAAGAGACUGAUAUAAAAGAUGUGUUUGCUUCGCUGGAGUCUCUGUUUGACGUGAAGAAACCGAUAAACUUCUCCGAAGUUCGACCUCCAUUUCUCUCAAAAUACGGCGAAGGCUAUACUUCAACUUCCUCUGCAGAUUCAAAAAGUCCUCGAAGUCCUUUGAUACCAAUCGAAGCUGUUAAUCAUUCCCAAAAAGACGAGCCCCAUCACCUGCAGCCCCGAGAUGCAAAUGAAGGUGGAGGAGGAGAAGACGCGAAGAUAAGGAACUUGAAAGAAGAACUUGAAGAGAUAGUAGAAGAAUUAACAUUCGAAGCAAUGGCGGACGAAGAGGUCGAAGAAGAGAUGGUGGAGGGCGAAGGAGACGUCAUGAACGACGCUUUCUUAAUAUCGGACACCGAAACAGGAGAUGCGGAUGAGGAAGAAAAGACCGAGGGAAGCGCGGAAAAGUCGGAUAAAUUGAAAGCGGGAAAAGGGGACGACGCGAAGAAAGAUGGCGCCGAAGAGAUGCCGCCAUCUUGCCCGAUGCCUGAAGGAGUCGGCGAAGGUGUCCCUGUCGGGCCUGAGAGACAUCGAGAGUCCAACAUGAGCGCUCUUCCUUUGACGGAUUCGGCUGUCAUGAAAGAGAUGAAAGAAGCCGACGAGAGAUGUGCUGUCAUUGCCAAAGAAAUUGAGGACCUUAAGAAGGAGCUAACCGAUCUAACUAACAAAGAAGACCUGACGCAGGAGGACACGCAGGAGAUCAAAAGGAAGCAAGAGGACGUGAUGAAAAAAUUGGCCGAAAUUGAUAACAUUACGAGGAAGUUGCAAAGAUUGCUCGGCUUGGCCGAUCCCUCCAGUCGAGCAUUUGCAAAAAUGUUCGAAAUGCUGCCACGCCCUGGAGAACAACUAAAAAUGGGAGACGAAAGUCAAAGAAGCCAAGAGAUAAGAGAAAUUAAUUCGGAUAAAGGCGAGAGAAAGAAAAUAGACGGAGAUGCGACAUGCGGAAAAACAGGAUUAGAAUUCCCGCAAAUGGAGUAUCCAGAAGAUAAGUUGCCAAGAGUGAUAGUAUGUGGACACACCGAGGAAAAUAUACCGAAGAUAGUCGUGGCUGAUAGCGAUCGCAAAGGGAAAAGAAAAUGUCUGCAAAGUUUGACCGGAAAACUCAGCGAAUCUCUGACGAUGCAGGAGAGACUCGCGAAAGAAAAUGCGGAACUGGAAGGAGGAAAGUACAGACUAGAGGAGGCUCUGCUGGAAAAAGACAACGCGGUGGAGAGUCUCCAGCGCAAGGUACACGGCCUCCAAGCAGAAAUGCGAAUCGUCAUCAAAGAGAAUUCCGACUUGAGCAAGCAGUUGGUUUACUUGACUCAGAAAGUUGGAAGCCCCAGCUGUUGCGACUCCUGCCCUGGAGGGACAUCCUCGCAUACCCCUUCUUCACCUUCCACAAAGCCUGGACAUUUUCAGGACGAUUCUUUCCCCUGCAAGUGUCAUCAGGAUCCCCAUAAAGAAGCGAAUGAUUUCUCCAACACCGUAUGUGUUUCCCCCAGACUUGCCGGUGGUUCCUGUGGAGGUUUGUCCGAAUCUGGAGGAACAAUGUGUUGCAGAAGUCCAGCAACAACUAAGCCAUCAUCAGCGCCAUCUGCGAGAGGCGCGUGUCCUGCAGAACUGGAGAACAAGCUCGCCAUCUACGGGAGCAACACAAAGCAAUUGGAACAACAAUUAGGCAGCAUGGAGUGCGAGGUGCGCAACAUGCAAAUGGAACUGGCAAAUGUCCAGCGAGAGAGGCAGCAAUUGGAGCAGCAACGAAAGCUGCUGAAGUGCACCGGGCCUUGCGCCCCUUGUGCCUGUUGUCCUCCGCCUAUGUCAGGAACAAUGUCCACCCAGCAACAAAAUGUUCCUUGUGGCCCGAUUGGGGUUCCCCAGGGUUCCUCACCUCCCCUCGCCAUGCCUGCUGUUCUUUCCAAGUGGAAGCCUCUUCAGGGUCCUCCACCGUGCUCGGGAUCUUGCACCAAUGCGCCCAUGGGACCGAGCACGUGUCCUCAGCAACAACUUCGGGACCUCCGAGAGCAGUAUGCCAGACUUCAGGACGACUACAAAAGUAAAUUGUGCGAAGUGUCGUGUCUUAGAGCAGACGCCGAGAAGAUGAAGCAGGAGACGAAGACCUCGAGAGAGGAGAAAGAACGGAUGGAGAAUAAAUUAAUAGACGUGCAAGAGAGGCUAAAGAUUCUAGAGGCUGAGAAGAACAAAUUAGACGGUAGCAAAGAGUUAAUGGUGGAACAAGAACAGGCAUUGUUGGUGGCUAAACAACGAUUUCGAGAAGCACAGGACGAGCUAGAAGAAUUACGUUCCUUGAUCCAGGACCAAGCCAACCAAUUAGAGGACUAUCGUAACAAGUAUUUACAGGCGCAGCAACAGGUAGAAGAGCAACGGAGACAAUUGGACCUGAUGGAGAUGGACAAUGCUCGUAUGAACGAAAACGUGACUCUAGAGAUUGGCCGGGUAAAGAAUCAAUUCCAAGAGAAGCUGGCCGAGCUGGCGCCACUUCCGGAUCUCUUGAAGCAGACUCAGAUGAAGCUCCAGGAGUCCCAGCAGCUGCGACUAUUAGCUGAGAGGAACUGCGAGGACCUCUCCAGAGAGCUCCUCAGCUGCAAAGACAAGAUGCAGGCGCUGCAAAAUCAGCUGGAAGUCCUGCGAAACGAAAACCAAGCCCUUCAGAAUGAAAAAGGCAGCGCGAACGGUCGCUGGGACGAUCUAGAAAAGAGAAACAACGAGCUGAGAAACGAAAACGAGAGGUUGAAGAACGCCUUAUCCCGUUUCGAGGAGCACGAGUCGCAAUUGCAGAAGAAAAUCGACGAGAAGAUGCACGAGGUCGUGCAGCUGACCGCCAUGUUGGAACAGGUGAGGGAAGAUUCAGCUCGACAGGUCGCGAGAACAAAAGAAAGGUGCGAGACGGUAAGAAGAACAAUGCAGGGACAAAUAGCAGAGAUGGAGAGACAAUUGGCGCAAUGUAGAGCGACUGCUAGAGCGGCACAAAAGGAUCGCGACGAGAUCCGUCAGAAGAUGCAGGGUCAGAUAAACAAUUUGAACGAAGCUUUCGAGCAAGCCCAAGGUCGCAUAAGGUCUCUUCAAGGUCACGUGAACUACCUGAAGAACUCUUACAGCAACAUCUUCCACGGGCAAGGCCAAGGAGAGACCCCUGGCGGCGUAGCAGGGGAACCUUCAGGCCAAGGUCAAGGCCAAGGUUACGACUCCUGCGACUGCAACUACUGAACUGAACUUGAGGAUCCGCUAAACCGGAAGUCUUCACGUAGAGCCGAAAUUCCAGCGAAUUGCGAUCCCUUUUCUAUUUCCACAUUAAUGGCGGACCCUCCUGAAGAGUCUUCGAAU